AUGUCUGCGAGCACCGCCAUGCCCAUCAGGUCUGCUCUGCGGAAUGGCACGUCCACGAAACCUUCCACGAGCAAACAAGGUAGCAAUGGCGCUGCAUCACCACAGCCUGCAUCCGACAAGCCGAGGGUUCAAUUCUGUGUCGUAUGCGCGAGCAACAAUGUGAGCAACAGCUGCUGCAGUAGCGCAAAAGAGUGAUGGAUAGCUUGGUGGGCGAGAGGGGACCUGGAAGCGCUUUGGGUCAGGGCUCACUGUUGCUGGCAGAAUGGUGAUGGGUGGGGAUCAUCUACACUCGAUGUUGUAGCACUCAAGCUUCUACGCUGCUUCUGAGACACUUUUUCUGCCUUUGCUAUCCAACAGAAUCGCUCGAUGGAGGCGCACAAGGUCCUGCACGCAGCAGGCAUGCAAGUGAUCUCAGCGGGCACAGGUUCAGCAGUGCGUCUACCAGGGACAGCGAUCGACAAGCCAAACAUCUACACUUUUGGAACUCCGUACGAUCAAAUGUAUCGAGAUUUAGAAUCUCAAGACAAGAGGCUCUACACGGCUAAUGGGUUGUUGACUAUGCUGGAUAGGAACAGAAAAGUCAAGCAGGCUCCCGAGAGGUGGAAUAUGACGCGCCCGGAGCUGGAUGUCGUCAUCACGUGCGAGGAGAGGUGCUUCGAUUCUGUUUGUGAAGGUACGCACUGCCGCGCCGUGCGGCUUUCUCUCGAGCUCUGGUCGGCCUGCUGACUCUCUUUGGUGGAUGGACUCGCUCGCAGAUCUACUUAAUCGAGGCGGAGAGCUGAAUCGCAGUGUUCACGUCAUCAACGUCGAGAUCAGAGAUAACCACGAGGAGGCCUUGAUAGCUGGGCGAGCAAUCUUGGAACUAGCACGCGCAGUGAGUGGAAUUUGUACGUGUCCUAUAGGGCAAGAGGCUGAGCUGGAAUAGCAUGUGAUUGCUCCUUUGCCCGCUUACCAUCCACUGGUCAGAUUGAAGCUGCGAGGGACAUCGACGACGAGAUGCCGUCCAUUCUUGAGACACAAAUGCAAAAGCAUCCUCACACUCUGCUUCACACUGUGUCGUACUACUGA